AUGAGACUUGCCAUCUCCCCGCUCCUCGUUGCUGUCGCGUACCUCAUCUCAGCUCCUCCUUCGACAUUGGUAUCCGCCCUCCCCAUCCCUCACAACCACCACCACCACUCCCGGCGCAGUACGCCUUUCCGCUCACUCCGCGGCCUAACCACACUCGUAAACUCCUUCUCCAACGCGCAUACGUAUGCGCAACAUGCGCCGAAUAAAUACUUCCACGAAUCCACCUUCCACUCGCACUACGAUGGGCGCUUUGCGUCGGCCGAGGUGCCCGCGCUGGAACGCACGUGGCAUCUACGGCUGAUGCUCAAGGCGUACACGGAUACGAUGGAGCGGAUAGGCAUUCAGACGUGGAUUAUGCAUGGGUGUUUGCUGGGGUGGUGGUGGGGUGGUACGCUGAUGCCGUGGGAUAAGGAUUUGGACUUUUUGGUCGAGGAGGGGGGGAUUGCGGAGUUGGGGAGUUGGUGGAAUAUGACGGUUCAUGAAUUUAGUGCGGGGGAGUUGGGGGUUGGUAGUGGUGGUGGUGGCAUGAUGAAGGAGGAGGAGGAGGGAAGAAGGGGGGAUUGGAUACGUCGAGGGCGGUAUAAAGAUGAUUCAAGAAAGGAAGAUGAGGGAACGCGACAGAAACGUGAGACCUGGGAGGCUCAAGUGCGGAAAGAAGGGAAAAAAUACCUUUUGGAAGUUAACCCGAAUUACACAAAUACUUCGACGACGGAUAUCUAUAAUUUUAUAGAUGCGCGCUGGAUCGAUGUGUCGAAUGGUUUGUACAUCGAUAUCACAGCCCUCCACAUCGCACCUACCCAAUCCCCAGACACCUCACCGUCUUCCUCCUCCCCUUCAUCCCCAUCCCCAUCCCCGUCCACCCCCUCCACCGACGACACCCCAACACAACUCUACACAAAAGACACCCACGCCUACACCUCCACCCAACUCUUCCCCCUCCGUCACACCACCCUCGAAGGCGUCCCCAUCAAAGUGCCCUACGCCUACGAAGAGCUGUUGCUGGAAGAAUACGGCGAUGAGGCGCUGACGGAGAGUUGGUAUAAUGGGUUUGCGUUUGAGGGGGGGGUGUGGGUGCAGAGGGGGGUGAGGGAGGAGGAGAGGAAGUGGUUUUUGGGGAGGUGGGGGGAGGAUAGUGGCGGGAGAGGAAGGAGGGCGGGGAGUGGGAGGAUUGCUGUUGGCUGGGAAGAGAGGGGUGGGUAG